UAUCAAGAACACGCUUCAGAGUAACCCCUCCACAUGAUAAGUCCGCAAUACUGAGUACAUUCACAGACUGCAAUAAAAUUGAUCAAGUAUAGUGAAAUCUCCACCCUUAGUGUACAAAGCCAAUGCUGCCCCAAUCUAUUAUUCGGAGGUUUCGCUGUAAACUGAUCAUGAGCAUGCAUGAACGAGCAAGCAGGUAUUGCAAAACUACACUAAAUACGUGAUCAGAUGCCAAUAUGGUAUGUUUACAGGGUGUUCCCCUGGUAGUUCCCCCCGCACAUAUCUUUGAAUCACCAUAACAAUUGUAUAAAAGCAGUAAAUGAAUACCAGGAAUACAUGCAUGGUUAAUUAGAAGAGGCACGCAACUGUGACCAUUAUUAUUUGCAAAGACUACGUAAAAUUACUUUAAGAUAGAAUGUCUACAGUGUACAUGAAUAUAGUGUAUAUGUAGCAUGCAGUAACAUUCGUGCGUGGGUGGCACCAACAAAGUAUGAAUUUGUUAGGCUAAGUAGUUUAGGACAAAGACACUGCUGGCUUUACAUAUAAUCUGCUACAUAUAGAUCAGACGCUUGUAGUCUAGCUAAUACAAGGGAGCAUAAAAACGUCACAUAAUAAUUAUAAUAGUCUGAUCAUCUCGUUUGGAAGACGUACCUUAACAUCACGAACAAAUCUGUCACGAUUCGGAGUAAUAAAGCAGUCAGGAUUGUUGGUCGCCACAAAAAUCUUGCAACAGAGAUGCUUUAGCUGCCGACAAUGUUUCGGCUUUGUGUGGAGUGCAGACGAGGUCCCCACACAACCAGCUUGCUCAGUAAACUCACAGAGGGUUGUGCAGUGCGUGUAUAUACUCCUGAGAAUAGUCUGUACUUGAACGAGGUCUGACAUUGCCCCAAUGAGGCGAGGAGGAGAACACUUCAGUUGUUUUGUUCUCUUCAGAGGAUCAGGAUGUGGGUCCGCGUCCGUGCAUCAGCAGAGUCUACGCCCACUUCUUGAUAUCAAAAGGCGGUUCAAUAAUUAUGUUCAAUAUUAAUUUUUCCCAAAAACUAUUGGUAAAAGAUGGCGAUGCCUCGUGCUGGAGGACAUUAAAGCUAGCGAUUAAAAAAGGCUAAUCUUCUUUAAAAAAAGCUAUUGUGUGUUUUUGAUGGAUCCUACACGACAGCAUCCCAAAGACUCAAUAAAUACUAUACCUGAAAGUGAAGAAUAUCACUUUUCUUCGGCUCAAACUGACUAUGCUAUAGCAUCUGUUGAAAUUGAUACUACAGCUGAUGUUGCAUUUGUUACGCAACAUAAGAAUAUUGUUGGAGCUAGUCUUGCAAGCCAGGAGUUUAUAAUCGAUGAAAAUAACAGAACGGUCUCAAUUGGUCCGAAUGCAAGCAGUUCAAGUAGCAUGGCCUUGUUUAAUAAUAAACAUGGCUCCGCUAUUUUACUGUCAGGUACUAAAGGCACUGGUAAAUCAACAUUCAUGGAAAACGUUAUUUGUAACCGUUUUGGAACUUUUUUUUCUAUAUUGCUCUUAAAUAAACCGGACAGUGAUAAAAUUUGCACGAUUGAAAAACUUAAUGACUUGCUCAAGCUAACGAAGUGUAUAGAAGAUUACAGCCUCGAGAAUGCUAGUGGUCACAAGUGGUUGAUAGUACUAGCACUACACCGGUGUGUCUCAGACUUUCUAGAGAAACUUUCGCCCAAUUCGAUCAUUAGAGCCCUUCUAAACAAGAAAGUUCUACCAGAUGCAACCAUGUUGAUAUUAUGCAAUCCUUGCCAAGUAGAUGAACUUAUGUCUAUAGCUAAAAUUCGACACCAUUAUAACUUGCAAGGCUUCUCCAAACAAGGAAUGAUAAAGUACAUUACCACUAGACGUGCUUCAGACAAUAGGCAAAGGCCUUUAUUAGGAUCUGACCAUUCUUCUUUAUCUUGUCUGCAACAAAAUCAACUAGGGGACGUUAAAAACCCACUUGCUUGUUUAAUUCUAGUAGAAGCGAUUGGUAGUAUAACAAUCCAAACGCCAAAGACAAUGACAGAUUUAGUGUAUAAGCUAGUAUGUGGUCUGAUUGAGCAUGCGUUAGAUGCUGACGAGAGAGCUGCUUUGCAUGACGGGAAAUUACGCUUAGAAAAACUACCAGAAACUGUAGAAGCUGCUUUUGAAGCAAAUUGUUCUUUAGCUAUGGAGCAUUUACUGAUAGGCUGUAAAUGCGCUAGCUACGAAGAAUCGUCACAAUUCUUUUCCUCCUUCUGUCUCAAACUUUCGAAAUUGUCACGAAAUGAUUGCUUCAGAUUUGGGCUAGUGGACCUUGCUACUGGCAGCACAUUUCAUUGCAAUGCAUACCAAUUUAUACAUCCGCUGGUAACAGAAUUUUUAGCCGGCUUUUAUCUGCGCAAACUACCACCAGUCAAUCAGCUCACGUUUUUGUUUAAGAAUUCUUUAAAAUUGUUCGAGAACGGUUACACCCAUUGGCUAACAUUUUUCUUUGGUCUAACUAGUGAUAUUUACACUUCAUCACAAACAGCAUUUGUUAAUCCUACAAAAUUGAUGAUGAAUUCAGUUGUCGAUGUGCUAGUCGAUAGCCUUAAACUGAACACCAACUCGAAAUAUCGGUGUGCUUUAAUCAGAUCUUUAAACGAGGCUCAAGAAAAAAGUAUAUUUAGAAAACUAUCCUCUAAACACUCGCUUGUUCUAACAUUCUCGAUGUCUAUCGGAAUUUUCGAUUCUUGUGUUGAUUCUGUAGUAUCAAUUAUCAGCAACUCUGGAAUGGCAAAUUGGAUAAUCACGACCUCACCAAGAAACAAGCAAUUAGCACUUACUUUGAAAGCUAAAGUUGAAAGCGUAUCAAUUGUGGUGAUCUACGAUGACUCUGUUAUUGAUCGACUUGAUAUUACUCCGAAAAGAAACUCAGCUGAACUCGAUAGGCUAUACAGAGAAAGUGAUCAAACGUCCGAGCGAACUCCCCAAGAAUCAAUGGAGAAAUUAAAUCAGUUGGUAUGUCGUGCUGUCCGUGAAAUUUUGCAACGAGUGUUCCCUCUGUACUCAGCUGUUAAAUUGAAAGGUGAUUCUAGCAAUGUGUCGUAUGUUAGUUUCUUAACGUGCGAAUGCUUCAAAGAAUCGUUUUCGAAGUGUGUGCAAUUAUAUCCAUUAAUACCUAUUCACUAUCUGGAUGGACCGAAAAAAAAUACAUCAAAUGUACCACUCGAAUCGAUGUCUAUGUCAGAUCGUCACAAUGCCGAGAAACACAAUGGUGGAACCGUGGAGGUGGUCUUAAUGCUUCGUCCUUUACCUGAAAGAAUAAAGGGUGUGGUUCCGUUGACGAAUGAAAAAUUCAAUCUAAUUUUAUCCAACGAUUUGUCUGUGGAAUUUUAUCAAGAGAAUAGCAGCGCAAACGCUAAUUUCAGUAAAAUUGAAGAAUGUGUAGCAACGGUACGUUGCAUGGAUAAUUUUGAUGCCACUCGAGAUAACACACAAAUGAUCCUCCCGUCAUUACAAGUCGUUCCGAAGAUGCUAACUGGCCGAGCCCAGCACGCCCUCCCUAAGCCUUUUGUUCACCCAGCUGAAGUUCCUAGAGUUGACUCAAUACUACCCGAGGGUUUAUCUAAUACCUUGCAAGAAGGGUCUCAAAGAUCGGAUAGCAUUCAAACUCCCGGUGUUGCUAAUCUCAACAUGGGUAGCGUAGAUCACCAAUUGCUUCCCUCUGUAUCCCCGUACGGACAUGUACCCAUGAAUCCUUACCACUCUCUUGCGCAAACUGGAGGGGCUACCUCCAUACAGCCAUCGCAUGGAGCAUUUGUACACACCUUUACUGCUGAACAAGCUGUUGGUGAGGCUCAACAAUCGUCAAGACGACAGGCUAAUCUCAGACAAGGCACUGUACUAUAUACUUCAGUUCCUGACAAGAUACCAUCUGAUCGAAUACAGCCCCUACCAACCCAACACACUCUUAUUCGCAAGGGUGGCAAUGGAUCGAUAUUCAGCGAGAAUGUGAAUGGAUUGGCUUUGGCAGUAAAGAAGACCAGUUAUCGCAGCAAAGAGUACGCAAUCAUUACGAAAAUUCGCCACAAAAACAUAGUCCCCCUGUUAGCGUAUGUGUGGGGUGAAGAACACAAAGAAAGCAAAAGGAGAUUUUUUGUUUAUCACUACCUGCCCAAGCUUAGUGGCGAUAUGGCUAGAUUGGUGACCGAUAAAGAAGAACUUAGUUUGCACGAUUUCCACAAGCGUCAUCAUAAUAACCCUCGAGCAAUGGGUGUUGCCGUCGGAAAUGUCAAAUACAUUCUCUCACAAGUGCUUGAAGGAUUACAUUAUUUGCACGACAAUCAUCGAUGCAUCCAUAGGGAUGUGAAGGCCAGCAACGUGCUCAUAAAGUUCUUCUGUAAUUGUGAUAACCCUGUUCAAUGCUCAUGUGAUGUCAAGUAUCAAGUGGUCAUAUGUGACUUCGAUGCUGCGCUAGAAUUGGACUCAUCUUCUCGAAUACCUCCCACCACCACUCACUCAUCACGCUCACAAGCUAAACAGUACGAGAUUGUUCCGGUGGGUACAAAUGGGUUCCGAUCGCCUGAAUCCAGUAUGCUCAUGAUUGCUAAUUCCCCUGAUGCGUUCUCUCCACCCCUCUCUACUAAGGCAGACAUCUACAGCUUUGGUAUUCUCUCAAUGCGACUCAUGAUGAGCACUGACACUCCGUACAGUCAGCGGGCUAUGUCCACACUGUUAUUAUAUUACCAUCAGAGCCUGGGGGUCAGUGAAGGGAGACUCAAAAGCCCCAGUGUGUGGAGGGUGGAAGAAAGUACAGUACUGAAGUUGCUCAAGCUCCACAAGCUCAAUGCAAGGAUGAGAUGGUUAAGAGGAGCCUAUGAAUUUGCCAGCAAGUGUCUAUUAGUGAAUCCAGAGGAACGGCCAUCAGCAAGCUCUCUUCUCAAGGAUCCAUUCCUUAAUUGAUCACAUGUGCAGAAUAAAGAGAUACAAAUGAUUCAAAUUUGCUUGUUUCUGAGGACAUGGCAAAGCAUCUAACAUCGAUCUGAUUUUGAUUGAUUGCAAUUAAGAAUAAAAUCACCCCCUACCAGCAAAGUAUAUACGAUUCGAGAUACCCUCUCCCAAAUUUGGUCAACCAUCGUGUCACAGUCAAUUCAGAUCUUGAUUCCGAAUAUAAAUGAUGCAAUUAACUAAAGAGAGUAAAAUAAGAAAACAUAAUAGAUUUGUACUUGACUGAAGAGUGUAAAAUAAGAAAACAUAAUAGAUUAAUUGAUUUGUACUUGGCAAUUGAUUGUACUUAGCGGUAUAAUUAUGUUAUAAUUAUUG